UUGCUAUAAAUACCCACGUCCCGAGAGUUGUAGGAUCCACGCCAAGAAUUGAUUUUGAGAGAACCACGAGACAUUCAAGAGGGUUUGUUCUUCUGGGUCAUUGAGAUCUACUUAACAAUGUCUGGAAUUGUGGUGGUUUUCGACUUCGACAAGACCAUUGUUGACUGCGAUAGUGACAAUUGGGUCAUCGACGAGCUCGGUGCCACGGACUUGUUCAACCAGCUUCUUCCCACCAUGCCUUGGAACUCUCUCAUGGAUAGGAUGAUGAUGGAGCUUCAUGCACUAGGAGUAACCAUUGAGAAGAUUGAAGAAGUUCUGAAGAGGAUUCCUAUACAUCCCAGAGUAGUCCCUGCCAUUAAAGCAGCUCAUGCUUUAGGGUGUGAUUUAAGGGUUGUGAGUGAUGCAAAUAUGUUCUUCAUUGAGACAAUUUUGAAGCAUUUGGGAAUAAAGGAGUGCUUCUCUGAGAUUAACACUAAUCCUGGCUAUGUUAAUGAGGAAGGAAGGUUGAGGAUUUUGCCUUAUCAUGACUUCAACAAAGCUCCCCAUGGAUGCAGUCUCUGCCCUCCAAACAUGUGCAAGGGUCUGAUCAUAGAGAGGAUUCAAGAUUCAGUAUGCCCUGAAGGAAGCAAGAGGAUUAUCUAUCUUGGUGAUGGAAGUGGGGACUACUGCCCAAGCUUGAGGCUGAAAGAGAGAGACUUCAUGAUGCCAAGGAAGAACUUUCCUGUGUGGGAUUUGAUAUGCAAAGAUCCUUCGCUUGUGAAGGCCGAAAUCCAUGAAUGGAGUGAUGGGGAAGAGCUUGAGAGGGUUUUGAUUCACUUGAUCAACAAGAUUUCUAAGGAAGAAGCAUCUCAGUUCAUCUCAGCUGAUUGCAAGUUGCAGACUCUCUGUGUGUCUGCUCAUGAGGCUCUGCCUCAAGCUCUCCGAGUUCAGCAGUAAUGGCUGAUUCAAUGAUUUAACAUCUUUGAAAAUGUAACAUGAUUCAAAUAGUCCUUUUUUAGGGUCUUUCCCUAAGUCAGGUUUAACUGAUGUCUCUAAUGGUGUAACUGGUCCAAGAAGGCCUGUGGUUAUAGUGUUCAAUAAUCAAAAGAGAUUACAGAAUUCCCGGUUCAGAAAGGAGUAUGGACAAUUAUGAGAUUCUUCACUUCAUCUUUGCCAAACAAUUGUUUUUUCUUGUUUGGCAUUUUUUAUUAGUGUGGGCUAAGAGGGUUUAUAACAGAGUCAAAUUAUAUGGCUCUUUUUUGGCCAUGAUAUGAAGUGUCAAAAAUGAUUAAAUGAAUGAAUGUUUUCGUCUCU